AUGUUUGUUGAUGACAAUCUUAUCGACAUUCUUGCUGAACAAUCUAGUUUAUAUAGUUGCCAGUCAUCAGGUACAAGCAUUUGUGUCACAUCCAAUGAAAUAGAAUCGUUUAUUGGUGUUUAUUUUCGUAUGGGUCUUGUGAAACUACCAUCAGUGAGAUCUUAUUGGGAAAUCUUUAUGAAUUAUGAUGGAGUAAGCUCAGUAUUAUCAAGGAAUAGAUUUCUUUCUAUUCUUCGCUAUUUACACUUUGUUGACAAUUUAAAAGUAACAGAUGAAGUAAAGAAAAAUGAUCGGGCCUGGAAAUUAAGACCUUGGUUGGAAAAACUGAGAGAAAAUUUCUUAAAAGUUUCUCCUGAAGAAAAUCAAUCAGUUGAUGAGAUAAUGGUUGCCUUCAAAGGAAGGUCAUUUUUGAAGCAAUAUGUCCCAAAUAAACCCAAUAAGUGGGGGUUUAAACUUUGGGGUAGAUGUGGUGUCAGCGGGUAUUUGUAUGACUUUGAUUUAUAUCAAGGAAAAGAAAUAAAAAAGAAAGAUGAAUAUUCUCCUCAUGGUAUUGGGGCAUCUGUUGUAAUCAAAAUGACCUCAACUUUGCCAGAAAAUCAUAUUUUUAAAAUAUUUGCUGAUAAUUAUUUUUCUUCUUUGCCUUUGCUAGAUGAACUGAAAAAGCGUUGA